CACACACUCGGCGAGGGGGGUUGCGCUCGCGCUCUUAAGGUCGCACCAGCGCUGCUCGUGUUUUUGAUCUGAUGUUUUCGAGACAAACGCAGAAAGCUUUUAAUGAGAAAGCGAUUUAGUUGCAUCCGCACCAUAUAAAAGUUCAGUGCGGCUUUCCCUGGAGACAAAAAGGAAAUCAGCUGCGCGUAAAAGCAGAGACUAAUUCUAUCCGACUGCGUUUCAGAGUCACAAGCAAAAUAAUAACGCAUAAAACACUUUGUAACUAAGAGUACCAACACACCAGUAUAUUUGACCGAUGAUAAAUCUUUAGCACAUGACGCAGAGAUAAUGUUGAUGUGGAUGGCGUGCGCGACGCGCCGCGGCAGAUGCGCGCGUUUCACACGAUCCACCUUAAACCCCGAGCUGGUCCACCCCUCCUGCAUCUGCCCCAUGAUCCUCUUUCAUUCAUCAGUGUGUGUGUGUGUGUGUGUGUGCGCGCGCGCGCAAAAACAGCGCACGCAUCUGAUCCGACACACUCACGCAGAGUCUGACGCGGCGCACGGACGCUCCCCGUCCGCGGAUUUAACCGGAUCCUCUCUGCCUCUCCCCGCGGAGGUCGCUCUGGAUGUUACGCUCGCGGUCACGCGCUGAUUCUCGGCCUCGCUCUGGACAUAUUGAUGGACGUUUGGCACGAGGACCGAUGGAUCUGACAUUACAGGAGUCCGUCUGUAGGCCGUCAGAUGAACGUUGCGUCAGUGUUGUUUGGAGCCGCUGAUCGUGUCUCAUGGAUCGCCUCGGUCAGCGCGGAGGAAGCCUCCCGUCCGGCGCCGUCCUUUCCCUGGACCAGAUCAAAGCCAUCCGCUCAUGCAACGAGUACACCGAGGGCCCGGCCGUGGCUCGCAGACCGGCCCCGGGGCCGCCUCCGCCGCGCGCCGCGGACAAGCAGGAGAGGACUCACGAGGUGCUCCUGGUGAACGUCAAUAACAACUACGAGCCGCGAGCGACGCGUCCUCCGGUGCUCAGCAGAUCCACGAGCUCCGGGAGCAACAGCAGCGACGGAUCGGAGCGAGGCCUUCUGGCGCCGUCGUCGCAGCACCGCAGCCGCGCCGUACGGACUCAGCCCAAAGCCCUGAACGCUUCCAUGCAUCCGUUUCUCCCGCCGGACGCCGCCUUCAAACGGGACAAACUGGACUCGGCGCACUCGUACAUCUGCGAGAGCUGCGGGAAAUGCAAGUGCGGCGAAUGCACGGCGCCCCGUCCGCUCCCGGCGCGCCUCGCCUGCAACGGGCAGUGCUUGUGCUCGGCCGAAAACGUGGUGGAGCACGGGACGUGCAUGUGUUUGGUCAAAGGGAAUUUUUAUCACUGCUCGAAGGACGACGACGACGUCGGCGACCCCUGCGCGGACCGGCCGUGUUCGCUGUCGCACCCGCAGUGCUGCUCGCGGUUCCUGUGCAUGGGCCUGGUGUCUGCGCUCUUCCCGUGUCUGCUGUGUUACCUGCCCGCCAAGGGCUGCGUGAAAGCGUGCAACUCGUGCCACGACCGCGUGAAGCGGCCCGGCUGCCGCUGCAAGAACUCCAACACCGUUUACUGCAAGCUGCAGAACUGGAACCGGACGCCUGGACACGCGCCGGGGAAACCGUCCUGAGGAACACCGCGUGUUUCUUUUAGCUGAAAAAAGCUGGUUUUGCUGCUGCAGGAUGUGGAGAUCGCGAACAGGGCGUGGACGUGUGGGAGGAGCUAUGUUAAUGAGCGCCAGAUAAGCCCCUCCCCCCACACGACGGAAUAACCACUCGUUUGUUUUUACGAAAGCUGUGUUCCACUCCACUUUUUCGCACUUUACUUCUCUCUUAAGAACGUCCCCGCUGCGUUUCACUUCUUGGAGCAAGUCCGCUUUCUACGACCACAAUUAUAACCCUAAUCAUCCCCGUCCCAGACAACUCUACACUCUUAAAAAUAAAGGGAUGCCGUUUAAAGCAUUUAUUCGUCCAAAUGGUUCCGUAAAGAACCUUCGAACAUCUGAAGAGCCUUCUGUUUCACAAAAGCUUCAAAAGAAGGUUCUUCAGAUUCUAAAAAGGAAAGACAGAGAUGGUUAUUUAAAGCACCUUGGACUGAACUAACAUCUCUGGGAAGUACGUGUUUGAGCACCUUUAUUUCUGAGUGUAUAUAGUAUAGAUGAAACAUUUAUACCAGCCGGGGAUUUCCUUUGUCUGUAUAGCUGCACUAAAGCAAUACGUGAAUAAUAUAAAGGAUAACCAGCUCCGUAGCAGAUGUGAAGAGGUAUAAGUCAGGAUAAGUCCACCGGCGUGAACGAGAGCGAGUGAAGUGUGUGAGGAGUGCAGUGGGACGCAGCCGCCGUGUUUGUCUUACGCCUCCAAACCUGUGAAGGACUUCAUGAGAUGUAGCUGUCGUGGGAUCUCCAGGCGUUCUCACGCAGAGACGUACGUUCAAGAGGAAGCUACGGCUGGUUUUAAAAAGGAAACGUUAAAGACUGUUAAAUCUUUUUUUUUUUUUUUUUUUUUCUUCGUCGUCGUUGUAAAAAACAAAUAUUUAUUACGUGAAGCUCUAUUAUUUUAUGAUAUUUAUUGCAAAGGACAGAUUUACACGUGUCUGAGUAUAACACAAUAUCAACACUUACUGCGACCGUGAGAAGAACGGAGAGACGGAUGGAAACAUGUUAACUUUAAUGCAAAAAUAUACAAGUUAAUGCAAAA